AGAGAAGCCAGAGCCGCAGCCAUAAUUGCUGAGCUCACAUUGGACGAGAAGGCUGCAAACUUGGUCAACAAUGCACCAGGCGUCAAGCGACUUGGCCUUCCUCCAUACGAAUGGCGGAAUGAAGCUCUCCAUGGGCUUGCAGGAGUUUCUCCAGGCCAGGGAAUUAAUAGCACUUUCACUCAAGGGAAUGUGGCAUUCAACUCAUCCACUCAAUUCCCAUCUCCCAUAGUUCUUGGAGCAGCAUUCGAUGACCAUCUUGUCCAUGAUAUUGCAACAGCGGUCAGCACAGAAGCACGAGCUUUCAGCAAUCAUCUGAAGGCUGGCUUGGACUACUGGGCUCCAAACAUUAACCCCUAUAGGGAUCCUCGAUGGGGUCGCGGUCAAGAAACUCCCGGAGAGGAUCCUUAUCAUGUUGCACAGUAUGCUUACAAUUAUGUUGUGGGAUUGAAAGGCGGUGUUGGCCCAGCCAAGUCCAAGGUCGUCUCGACGUGCAAGCACUUUGCUGGUUAUGAUAUUGAGGAUUCUGAUGGAGUAGUCCGCGGCUCAUACAACGCUAUUAUUAGCACUCAAGAUUUGGCCGAAUACUACCUCCCCAGCUUUCGGUCUUGCUUCCGUGAUGCCAAGACUGGAGCCGUCAUGUGCAGUUACAAUGCAGUCAACGGACAUCCCUCAUGUGCCAAUUCCUAUAUGCUGGACACUGUGUUGCGAGAUCAUUGGGGCUGGGGAAGUUCAGCUCAUUGGGUAACCGGAGAUUGUGGUGCAGUAGAUGGCGUCUUUAACCAGCACCAUGUUGGUCAAUCUGCUGCCCAAGGAGUAGCCUUCGCAAUCAACAACGGCACAGACUUGGAUUGCGGAACAGCAUAUGCUUCAAAUAUAGCAUCAGCUGUUCAAAACAAUUACACUACAGAAGCUCAGCUUGAUCAAGCUCUCAGUCGGCUGUACAGCUCUCUUAUUGUCCUUGGGUAUUUUGAUCCUCCUGAGGGUCAAGAGUAUCGAACUCUUGGAGUUUCAGACGUAAACACGCCAUCGACACAGAAGCUUGCCUAUACUGCACUUGUUGAAGGUAUUAAUAUCCUGCCUAUCCGUCCAAUGGGCCAGACAGUCCUGUUCGUCGGUCCAUGGGCCAACAAUGCUUCUGUCUCAAUGUUCGGCAACUACAACGGGGUUGCUCCUUAUAAGACUAUUCCUGUUCCUACUGCAAACUCGUCUGCAUACAACUGGAAUGUUACAUAUUCGCAAGGAUUACAGUACGUCCUCUCAAAUGAUACGUCACAAUUUGCCGCCGCAGUCAGUGCUGCCCAGGAAGCCGAUGUAGUUGUGUACAUUGGCGGAAUUGAUGAGCAAGUUGAGGCCGAGGCUCAUGACCGGACCUCCAUUGACUGGCCUGGAGCACAAUUGAAUCUUAUAAAACAACUGGCAGCAGUAAAACCUGUUGUUGUGGUGCAAGUUGGUGGUGGCCAGGUCGAUGAUUCCUCUCUUUUACAAAAUAAAAAUGUGAAGGGUUUGCUCUGGAUGGGUUAUCCCGGGCAAGAAUUUGGAUCAGGAUUGAUUGACAUACUCAGCGGCGCUUCUGCUCCGGCUGGGCGACUACCUGUUACCCAAUAUCCUGCGAAUUAUAUCACUCAAGUGCCAAUGACAGAUCAGUCUUUGCGACCAAGUUCAUCUAAUCCUGGCAGAACAUAUCGGUGGUAUAACGGCUCAGUAAUACCAUUUGGCACGGGUAUACACUACACCAAAUUCAAUAUCUCAUGGAAAACAGGAGGCAGCGGCAGAGGCACAUAUGAUACAGCCGAUUUCAUCAAUGCAGAGGAUCCAAAAGACUUGGCUGAAUUUGAUGUUUUUCAGAUCAACGUGGAGAACGUGGGUUCAACAACGUCCGACUACGUUGCGCUGCUCUUUGUAAAGAGUUCAGAUUCUGGACCACAGCCUUAUCCUCUGAAGACUUUGGUAUCUUAUGCUCGUGCUCAUGGUACUCAGCCUGGUGAGACGACAAAAAUUGACCUGAGAGUCAAUGUUGGACAAAUUGCACGCAAUGAUUCCAGCGGGAAUCUUGUUCUGUAUCCUGGUGCAUACACACUCGAGAUUGAUGUAGAGAGUGCAGAUGGGCCCACAGCAGGAUUCCAAAUCCAAGGAGAAGAAACUGUGCUAGACCAUUUUCCCCAACCAUAG